AUGUCGGAGAAGGUGGGUCCGUUGUCGUUCGACACGCCUGGACCUGGCGAGAUGACCUUCGACAAGCCUUAUUCGGAGGCCACAGCUCAACUCAUCGACCAGGAGGUUUAUAUUCCCAUCCAAACAGGAUGAAAAAGAAGAUACCUCCAGGUCCGAGACUUGGUUGGCAGCGCCUUGAACCGAACCCGCAAGCUGUUGCUCGAAAAGCAGGCUGAGAUUGAGAAGGUUUUUUUGUCGUUCUUUCUUUUUCAAUAAAUAAUUUCUUAGGUGGCUCUGAGACUACUGGAGAAGGAAGUUUUGUCGCGCGAAGACAUGAUAGAACUCGUGGGAAAAAGGCCGUUCAACGAGAAGAACACCUACGAGGAAAUGGUUUCGGGAACGGGCGGUACGUUUUAUUUUUUUAGUAGUACGUCUUGAGCUGGCUGAAAACGUCUUUCAGUCAUUCAAUUCAUCUGUCGGCUGGAUCCCACCCCGGAGUACGGCCUAACCCCCCCUUCCCCCACCGACAAAUGCGGCCUAUUUCAGUACAUUAAAAAAAUUUUUUUCCACGCAAAAAGUCUGAUCCAGCCGAUGUAUGAUCUAA